AUGAAGAAUGACCUUAACGAAACGUUCGGCGAAAUCUUUGAUGGCGAUAUCGCCGCUUUCCGCAAGCAGUUGCUAGAGAUCCAACACAUCAAAGCUGAUCGGCAAAAGGCCGAAGAAUGGGUGUCAAAUCUUCGCUUUCUGGAUAUAUCAAAAGUACCAGACUUGCAGGUGGAGAAAAAGAAGCAAGAUCGCCGCUUCGCUCUAGCCAAGGCCCGCGACCCGUUGCAUGAUCGAAAGGUACCGUCGCGCGAAAUAUCUGUCACGGAGCGCGAAGACGACGACGGCGAAAAUCCAUAUAUUGCUGUCUCCUGGAAGUGGACUGAGCUUAAACACGAGGUUCUUUACGAUGACCCCAAGCCGCCUGUCUUCGACUACCGGAUCAAGAGGCCAGGUGCGAAGUCUCACAAGAGUAGUUUUCCAGACCUCUACAUGGAUCGGGUGAUUCGGUUUGCGCAGAGCACCCAAGUAUCGAGGCUAUGGAUCGAUAAGGAGUGCAUAUACCAAAUGCCAGGAGACGAGCAUAUGUGGCCAGACGACCAGGAACAUGGUGUUCAAAUCAUGGAUGUAGUCUAUGGUGACAGCAACUUGUCGGUUGGGUUACUCACUGUGGAGCUUGCACACCAACACGAAGUCGACCUUCUAUCAAAGCUGCUUCAUGGCCACCUCUUUGUCGAUCCUAAGAAUAAAGAUACUCCCAAACUAAGAUCCGAAGUCGACGUAACGGCAGUACAUAUGCUUAUUCUCCGCAUCCUCAGUGAUCCUCGCUGGUCACGUGGCUGGAUUUUUCAGGAAGACCACUUGGCUUCAGACAGGAUGACAUUGCUCAUACCAUGUCCUGAAGAAAUUCGCAUAGAUUGCGACUAUGACUUUGGUGAUAUCGUUGGGGAACUGCAGAUCAACCUUAAGGAUCUCCGACAGAACGUGACCAUGUUCUGCAUGGCUUGCCCUGAGGAACAACAACAAUGGCCCAAUACCGAGAUACUAGGAAAGCUCAAACAGUAUAAUAUCUGCAACAAGAUCUACAUACCGCCCGAGAACGAGUAUCCAGUGCAGUCUCGGAGCGAGGGCAUCGAUGAUGAUACCGGGGGCGGCGAGCUUGAAGGGCAAACGAGUGACUCGAGGGUUCUAGCUUUUCUGAAUACUACCAACAGCGUACUGGAAGACAUUUGCAACCGGCUGUUAAAGUAUGAGGAGGACAGGAUUGCCAUCCUCGCAAACGCUUUGAGGUUCACUAAGCGAAUAAACAUUGCUAAAGGAUCUCCCAUACAUGAGCCAGGAAAAUACAGCCUCUCGGUAGCUUUACUCGCACUUAUACUAAUGAAUGGGGAGAUCUUGAUGAGUACGUCACGGAAACAGGUUGACUGCCUGCAUCCGCCCAACGAGAGCAAUCUGAUGCGGUACACUUUGCGCUCGUAUCUAAUGGCGUGUCGACACCAUUUUACGAUCCCUAACCUGAGACGCCAGCAGAGCUUUGUCGAUCGCUGUCGUCUCAAAUCACCAACUAUUACCUCCCGUGGUCUUGAGACAAAAGGCUUUCUUUUCGACCUAUUUUCCCGUGAGCGAUUGGAGGAUCGAGCAGAUCAGCACAGCACCCUUCGCCUCACUGAAUCAGAUAGAGGUGCUUUGUCGGACUCGGGUCGAGGUCCUGUAUCUCGGGGUUGGAAGCUCGACAAGAAUGCACAUAUAGCGUUGGGUUUGAUCAUCCAGAAGCUGGAGGGGCUGUGGCCAGGCAGUAAGCUCGCUAGUCAUAUGCGCAGACACUUAGUGCUCGAUCGACGCCCGCCGCGAUCGAAGGACGUACCACCGUCCGCACCAUAUGUAUUAGAUAUGUUGUUCGCAAUCUAUCAAGCUCUUCGCAACGACCAAGAGCUCCGCUUUGCGCGACUAGUUUCAGCGCCCCCAAAUACGGAACCCGCUGCAAUCUUCAUCAAGCCGGAGCCGGACGGUUGGAGAACUGAGAAUUCACUUGACUUGAGAGCUGACGGAGAGCCUAUUUCCGCAAGGGUUUUCACGAGCUGGGAUAAGGGACGCAACUUGUAUAACAAAGAACGAUUGGCAAGCUUGGAAGUCGGCGUAACAUCCGACUUGGAGCAUCAAGGGACAUGGCAAGAGCGAGGUAGUUUUCUGUACAGCUACGGGUGGGUGAACGGAGUUUGGUAUGCGGGAGGCGAAGCAAUGGAAACCUGUGUCUUUCCCCUGGCGGGAAUCACUAAACACCAACAGUCGGGGGAUUCUUCGAUAAGCAAUGGGAGAAGGAAGAGGAAGAGAGGGACCGACGUCUAG